AUGGACGUCAAGGAAACUGUUGCCUUUAUCAACGAAACCACCGGUUCUGACGAGACUGGCACCGGAACAAAGGGAAAUCCCUAUAAAACAGCUGUCGCGGCCAUACAAGGACAUGGCAGCAAUGUUAAAGUUUUUGUCUGGAAACCCGAGGAGAAUGAAUUUAAGCCAAUUAGCGAUACUGCCCUAAAGAAGGCAAAAAAACGCGUCGAGGAUAUUGCACGAAAGCAAAAAAAAAUAGAAGAACAAAAUGCAGCAAAAGCCGAGAAAGAACGAUUGAAACAAGAAGAGGAAUUAAGGAAAAUAGAAGAAGCAAAGAGCAUCGUUCUCAAAGAAGAUCCCUCGCUUCCCCCCGCGAAAAAGAUUAAAAUUAGCCAAGCUAUUGAAAACCGCGAUCAUAGAGUUAAGGUUUCUGGUUGGGUUCAUCGCCAGCGAACGCAAGGAAAGGAUAUGAAAUUUAUUGUUCUUCGAGACGGAACUGGAUAUCUGCAAUGCUUUCUAUUUGGCAGACUGUGUCAUUCUUAUGAUUCCUUGACGUUGACUUUAGAAUCUACAAUCACAGUGUAUGGUAUAAUCUCCGAGUUACCCGAAGGAAAAACGGCACCCGAUAAUCAUGAGCUUCGGGUAGACUAUUGGGAAGUGAUUCAUAAGGCUCCUGGUGGAGAUGACGCGUUCACUAACCAGCUAAACUCGGAAGCUGAUCCUUCAGUCUUGUACGAUCUUCGGCAUUUGGUUAUUCGUGGGGAAAACGCGUCUGCCACUCUGAAAGUUCGUUCGUCAGUGCUGAAAUCGUUUCGUGAUCAUUUCGCUUCCAAAGGUUUUACCGAGAUUACCCCACCUUCCAUGGUGCAAACACAAGUAGAGGGCGGAAGCACAUUGUUUGCGCUACAAUAUUACGGUGAAAUGGUAUACCUUACACAAACUGCACAACUAUACCUGGAAACUUGUCUUCCGUCACUUGGAGACGUGUAUACUAUUUCCGAGUCAUUCCGUGCAGAGAAAUCUCAUACACGAAGACAUUUGUCAGAAUACACUCAUGUAGAAGCUGAAAUGGGUUUCAUUACAUUUGAUGAUCUACUCGAAACAGUAGAAGACAUGGUAUGCGAUGUCGUUGAUCGAACCUUGGCUGACCCAAAAAUCAGCAAACUUGUAUAUCAACUUAAUCCGGGCUUUAAAAAGCUGGAACGCCCGUUCAUGAGACUCGACUACAAGGAUGCAAUUCAGUAUCUCAAAGACCAUAAUAUUACAAAAGACGAUGGAACUUUCUAUGAAUUCGGAGAAGAUAUUCCGGAAGCACCUGAACGAGCAAUGAUUGAUAGAAUUGGAAAGCCCGUGUUCUUGUGUCGAUUCCCCGCUGAGAUAAAGGCAUUUUACAUGAAGAAAUGUGCUGACGAUCGUCGCGUUACAGAGAGUGUUGAUCUAUUGAUGCCAACUGUCGGUGAAAUAGUCGGCGCGAGCAUGAGAAUCACGGAUUUGGGAGAACUGUUGGAGGGCUAUAAGCGAGAAGGAAUUGAACCAACUCCAUAUUAUUGGUACACGGAUCAGCGCAAGUUUGGAACUUGUGAGCACGGCGGUUUUGGUUUAGGAUUAGAACGCUUUUUAGCAUGGCUCUUGGACAGAAAGACGGUCAGGGACUGUUGUCUGUACCCACGCUUUACUGAGAGAUGUGCACCAUAG